AUGGAAAAAUUGAGCUUGAUAGAAGCCGAGUCGUACAAGCAAACAGAGAAGAUCAAAGAACUGCAGCGUAUCAAUUAUGACGAUGAUAUUAUGCGGCGACGUAUCAAUCUUCAAAAGGCACAACACACUAUCUUUAUUUGGUUGAAAACGAAUGAUACAAAUUGUCAAGAUACAUCUACACAACUUCAAGACAUUGUUAGUACUGCCUAUACUUUUGAAGAUAGUGAUGAAUGUGUCGAUUUUAUUACCACCGUAACAGAUAAUAAAGUUUGUCUAAUUCUCGCAGCUUCUCUUGAACGACAUACAAUACCUUGUAUACACGAAAUUUCUCAACUGCAUUCAAUAUUCAUUUUUGGUAACUCUAUCACAUGUAACGAUGAAUGGAAGAAAGCAUGGUCAAAAGUAAGAGGUAUUUUCACAGAAGUCACAGUUCUCUGUCAAGAACUCAAACAACUGACUCGACAACAUGACCAGAACGACAUACCAAUUAGUUUCGUAACGCCCGGUGAAAAAUCGGAUAAACUGGACCCGACUUUCAUGUAUACACAAAUUAUGAAGGACUUUAUGUUGACUAUAGAAUACAACGAAGAACAUCUCAGUGAAUAUUGCAACUACUGUUGCGAUACAGUUGCCGACAAUUUACAAACUGUCAACAGUAUUCGACAAUUCGAGCGUGAUUAUAAUGAAAAAUCCCCAAUAUGGUGCUACAGUUACCAUACUUUUCUCUAUUCGAUGCUCAAUCGUUCUUUGCGGAUACUGGAUGGAGAUAUUAUUCGGCGAAUGGGAUUCUUCAUUACCGCUCUUCAUCGCGCUAUUGAACAACUACACAAAGAACAAAAUGUCGAUAACCCGUUUCCCCAGUCGUUUACAGUAUAUCGAGGACAAGCGUUGCCCAAAGCAACGUUUGAUCACCUUAAAAAAGCCAAGCACGGAUUGAUAUCAUUCAACAAUUUUCUAUCUACCUCUACUGACUCUCGUGUUGCGCAUACAUUUGCUGAGAGCAAUGCAACAAAUCCCGACGACGUAGGAAUUAUUUAUGUUAUGAACAUAGAACCCACUCACACAACAACACCAUUCGCUUCGAUACAGGAAAUCAGUAAUUUUUUCGAAGAAAACGAAAUCCUCUUUUCGAUGCAUUCCAUUUUUCGCAUACAUGACAUCGAACCAACUGAUGACAUUGAUAAAAUAUAUAAGGUUCAUUUAUUCCUUACCAGUGACAAUGAUCAAGAUUUACAUAAUUUAACUGAAUACAUUAAGCACGAACGUUACACUGCGCUGCAGAGCUGCUAUGGGCUACCACAACUGCUAAUCGACAUUGGACAGCAAAAUGCAGCAGAACCUCUUUGUCAAUCUUUACUGAGAAACACAGAUGGCAAUGAUGACCGGAUUUUCUCAACACACAUGAUUUCAUACCUACUUGGAAGAAUAAAACAAGCACAAGGGAAUUACAACGAAGCUCUUGCAUUUUGUCAGAACACACUUACAAAUGUUGCAGAACUAUUUCCACCAAAUCAUUCAGAUUUGCCUGGAUCCUAUACUAACAUUGGACUGGUGCAUCGUGAGAUGGGCAAUUACUCUCAGGCACUUGAGUAUCAUGAAAAAGCACUUUCGAUUCAAAAACAAUCACUUCCAUUAAAUCAUCCUAAUUUGGCUGGAUCCUAUACUAACAUUGGUGUGGUGCAUCAUGUGAUGGGCAAUUACUCUCAGGCACUUGAGUAUCAUGAGAAAGCGCUUUCUAUUCAAACAGAAUCACUUCCACUAAAUCAUCCAGAUUUGGCUCUAUCCUAUACUAACAUUGGUCUGGUGCACGAUGAGACGGGGAAUUACUCUCAGGCGCUUGAGUAUCAUGAGAAAGCGCUUUCGAUUCAAAAACAAUCACUUCCACUAAAUCAUCCUAAUUUGGCUGGAUCCUAUACUAACAUUGGUGUGGUGCAUCAUGUGAUGGGCAAUUACUCUCAGGCACUUGAGUAUCAUGAGAAAGCGCUUUCGAUUCAAACACAAUCACUUCCACUAAAUCAUCCAGAUUUGGCUCGAUCCUAUACUAACAUUGGACUGGUGCAUCAUGUGAUGGGUAAUUACUCUCAGGCACUUGAGUAUCAUGAGAAAGCGCUUUUGAUUGACACAAAAUCACUUCCACUAAAUCAUCCUAAUUUGGCUGCGUCCUAUACUAACAUUGGGCUGGUGCAUGAUGAGAUGGGCAAUUACUCUCAGGCGCUUGAGUAUCAUGAGAAAGCGCUUUCGAUUUACACAGAAUCACUUCCACUAAAUCAUCCAGAUUUGGCUCUAUCCUAUACUAACAUUGGUGUAGUGCAUCGUCGGAUGGGCAAUUACUCCGAGGCGCUUGAGUAUCAUGAGAAAGCGCUUUCGAUUCAAAAACAAUCACUUCCAUUAAAUCAUCCUAAUUUGGCUGCGUCGUAUGUUCGUAUUGGGUUGGUAUUGGAGAGGAACGGUGAUGUUUUAAGAGCACGCUACUAUUACAGAAAGGGGCUUGAAAUUUGGAUGGCUAUUGUGCCCCUCGUGGACGGAAGAAUUGUAUGGAUUUGGGAAAAAUUAGGCUAUGUGUAUAGGAAGGAAGGAAAACAUGGACAGGUACUUGCAUUUUGCCCAGCUACUUCAGUACGUAUGGAAAAAUGGCGCUGUCAUGGGAGACGUUCGGAAUGA